ACGUGGCUCCGCAGCUCCGCUCCCUCCGCGCUCCGCCAUGGCUGCGGCGGCUGCCGCCGGCUCGGUGCUGCUCUGCCUGCUCGGCCUGGUGCUGCCCGGCGGCAGCACGCUGCACACCAAGGGCUCCGUGCCGCUCGACACCAUCACCUUCUACAAGGUCAUUCCAAAGCACAAGUUUGUCCUUGUGAAGUUUGACACACAAUAUCCCUAUGGUGAGAAACAAGAUGAGUUUAAAAAGCUGGCGGAGAGCUCAGGCUCCAGUGAGGAUCUGCUGGUGGCAGAAGUGGGAAUAUCAGAUUACGGUGAUAAACUGAACACUGAGCUGGGAGAGAAGUACAAGCUGGACAAGGAAAAAUUCCCUGUUUUUUACUUGUUCCAGGAUGGUGACUUUAAAAAUCCUUUACUUUAUGGUGGGGAGAUCAAGGCUGGGGCUAUUCAGCGCUGGCUGAAGAGUAAUGGCAUCUACCUGGGCAUGCCAGGCUGCCUGAAGGAGUAUGAUGUGCUGGCCAGCAAAUUCAUGAGCACCACAGAGAAAUCUGAUCGCCAGGCCCUCCUGAAAAAGGGCCAGGAGAAUUUAGGAAAAGCAAAAGAAACCGAGAAGAAGUCGGCAGAGCAAUACUUGAAAAUUAUGAGCAAGAUCUUGGAGCAGGGAGAGGAGUUUGCUGCUAACGAAGUCGUCCGAAUCACCAAGCUGAUCGAGAAGAACAAGAUGAGUGAUGGAAAGAAGGAGGAGCUCCAGAAAAGCCUCAAUAUCCUCACUUCUUUCCGGAAGAAGAAUAGUGACAAAGAUGAGCUCUGAUGUGUUGGAGAACUCUUCUACAAGCUGUGAAACAUUGUCAAGAGUCCUAACCAGUUCUCCUUAAUGCAAGCAAACUUCCCGCUGACUUCAAGAGGGCAGCAGAUCUCCUUCUGGGAUUCUCAGUUUAGAAGAUCUAGAGGAAGACAUUCCUUAAAAACACAGUAUUGUAAAUGUUGGGAAAAUCACCUAAGAGCAAGACACAGCAAGUAUUGUGCAAUGCUAUCCAGUAACAGUGUUAAAGCAGACAACAACAACAAAAAAAAAGCUCUAGAUUGGCCAGAAGCUCAUUCCUGGUGGUUUUUACAGCUGUUCCCUGGCUAACAAAUAACAG